UGUGUGGUUUAUUUCCGGACGACAAUAGAGAAGGGACCAGCUCAAUUUAUGGAGUUUCGAAAAACAGUUUUUCUGUGAGAGUUCCUCUCCGAAGCAGUUUGAACAAAAUGGGGAACUUUAGAGCAUUUCUGAGCCCAACACUGAUCUUCCUGAUACUCGAGUUGUCUCUUGUGUGCUGUGAUAUAACGGACGGAAACGCGGAACAUCUGAAGAGAGAGCACUCGUUAAUGAAACCGUACCAAGGUGUUGGCAGCAGCCCUACCAGUCAGUGGGACUUCUGGGGAAGCACUUUAGUGACGAGCUCAUAUGUCCGACUCACUCCAGAUGAGAGGAGCAAGCAGGGAUCCAUCUGGAAUACUGUGCCAUGUCACCUGAAGGACUGGGAGAUGCAUGUGCAGUUUAAAAUUCAUGGAUCAGGAAAGAAGAAUCUCCAUGGCGACGGCAUCGCUAUCUGGUACACGAAGGACAGACUGCAUCCAGGGCCUGUGUUUUCCAACAAUGCUCUCUUCCACGGGCUGGCCGUUUUUAUAGAUACUUACUCUAACGAUGAUGCGACGGAUCGUUCCUUCCCGUACAUUUCGGCUAUGGUGAACAACGGCUCAGUGAAUUACGACCACGGCAAAGAUGGCCGCUCGUCUGAGCUAGGAGGCUGCUCUGCUGAGAUCAGGAACAGGGAGCACGACACGUACCUCGCCAUUCGCUACUCCAAAGGAAGACUCACUGUGAUGGUUGAUGUGGAAGACAAGAAUGAGUGGAAGGAGUGCAUCGACAUCGGAGGUGUUCGUCUUCCAACUGGAUAUUUCUUUGGUGCCUCAGCAGCUACAGGAGAUCUCUCUGAUAACCAUGAUAUCAUCUCUAUGAAGCUCUACCAGCUGAUGGUGGAACACACCCCCGAGGAGGAGAACCAGGACUGGACCAAAAUUGAGCCCAGCGUCAGCCUUCUCAAGUCCCCUAAAGACAACAUUGACGAUCCUACUGGAAACUUCCGAGGCACGCCCCUCACUGGCUGGAAGGUCUUCCUGCUUCUGCUGUGUGCUCUGCUGGGAAUCGUAGUGUGCGCUGUGGUGGGAGCUGUAGUUUUCCAGAAGAGACAGGAGAGGAACAAGAGGUUUUACUGAGGAGUAGAAAGAAGAAACUUAUCAGAGAGGCGUUUGUUGGAAUGAACUGUUUCCAGGCGACAGAUUGAGCACAUUCAAUGUGAAUUAUUUUCUAAAGAUUGUAAAAAUGUUUAUAUCUUUGAAGCACUGUGUUGGGAGUGAAUAAUGAUGACUUGUGAUGUUGGUAAGAAGGUGCAGAACUAGUGGCGAUCAUUAUGAGUGACCUUGAUCAAUGCUGUUUUUGUUUCCAUGUGUUCAUUAAUUGCAGGGUUAGAAUAGACUUACAGUCCAUUACAAACUUUUGAUUGUGUUAACAUCUGCUUAUUGGUUAAAGAGGUGUCUCCAGCCAAUUACCGCUUUUAUCUGCUGCAGAUGUGGCACUACAUAAGAGUGAACUGGGGCACCAAAGGGGAAUUUAGGUUUAAAUUUUUGUCUUCCAGGUUUUACCUGAUUAUUUACCAUGAAUUAUUUAUUGGAAGAAGAAAGUAUCUCCACAUGUGCGCGCACACACAGACAAAAAAAUCUGACAAAACAACAUCAUGAAGUAACUGUGGCAACCAUCUAAAAUUAAAGUUGAGUGCGUGUGUUUUAACCCAUGGAAAGAGUGCAGAGUUGUAUUUGUUGAUUUAACUUUGUGUUACUGUCGCUCUCAUUCUCACAUUUCAAAAAUACAAUUUAGCUUUAGCAAUUUUAAAACAAUUAAGAAUAAGAAGAGAAAUUAAGUUAGAACAUGGUCUCCACUAUAUAUUUAGGAAAGACCAGUAUGCAGUGGUUAUCUAGGGGGAUAUAUUAUGGAAAAGGUUUUCUUGUCAGAAACCACUGUGUACAUAUACAACAGUAUUGAGCGUAGGGCUGUAACUUUUCAUUGUCUGUUAAUCUUUUUAAUUUAAUAGAUUAGUUGUUUGGUCAGAAAAUGGUUAAAAAAUGCCAAUCAGUGUCUCCCAAAGCCCAAGAUGACUAAUCAAUUAAUCGUUACAGCUUUAAUUAGCAAGAUAAGUACAGUGCAUAACAACCACCAGAAUAAUAGCUCAGCAUCAAGGAUCACCACCUUGGAUUUUCUGGUGAUGCAGUUAGAUUUAUAUGUGGGUGUUGCUCUUUUUCCGUCUGCUCAGCCAUGUUAACUAUCUCUGUCCAUGUUACCAACCUAGUUCUCCAGUUCUGAAAAUGUUAUGAUUGUCACUCUUUAUGUCUGUAACGGACAACGAUGUGAUGGCAUAUUCUUGACACAAACAGUAACAUUUUGCAUCGUUAUAAUACUGUUUAAAGUCUGGUAUAUACGUAUGGAUGAUGUCUUGUGAGGCUUCUACUACUUAACACAACUUCUCCAUAGUUCAAUGCAACAGGAUGAGGCCACUUGAAAGGGUUCAGUGUACAAGUGGAUGGAUCUUGAAAACUGAACAACCUCAAACCUUUACGCUGAAAUAUUUUAUGCUCCCCCCCCCCCCCCCCCCUUUUCCCUGCAGGGUCUUUUGAGCAGGAUUAUGGGGUUUUAUCCAGAAUAUGCCUUUCUUAUUAUAUAUAAUUCAAUUAUUAUGUAUACAGAAUAUUAGAAUUAUUAACUGCAACAUAAAAAAACAAGUGUGACUGAUAAAUGCACCCAGACAGUGCUAAUUAUAAAGCUCAUUCAAACUUACAGAGGAAGAGUUGUUGAACCCUGAGGUUUGGGAAUUGAUCGUUCAAAAGGCACAUUUACGCAAGGCUUUAAUUUCUUGCAAUAUCAUGUUUCUUUGUUGUUGGUUUUCUUUAGCUACCAUUUCCACAAUGUUACUGUCCGAUUCUGUCUUUAUGUUAAACAACAUUUAAUAAAAAUGCCAAAAGUAAAAUUGGAUUUGAUGACACACUAAAACUGCACUGCUGAAAUGCAGAUUUGUUUUUUAACUUUUAGCUUGACAAAGCCUUUUUAUCACUUUCCCUGUGUUCUUGAAACUUUAUGUUAUUGUUUGUGCCACAUCAGUCAGUUUUGUGAUGAUACUUGAAACGGCUCCUCUCUUUAGAAAUAAUGUAUUAAAAUGAAAAAGAAACAGUUUGACUGUGAA